ACCCCGCCAACCAUCAAGAUUUUGUCCAAAAGCAGACAAGAGGAUCGCCCUGCGCUGAGCCGGCUGGUGGGCAGCAGGCGGCGGCUGAUCGCGGCCGGCGCGCUGGGGGUGGUGAUGGUGCUGCUGCUGGUCAUCCUCAUCCCGGUGCUGGUCAGCUCGGCCGGCACCUCGGCGCACUACGAGAUGCUGGGCACCUGCCGCAUGGUCUGCGACCCCUACGGCGGCACCAAGGCGCCCAGCACGGCGGCCACGCCCGACCGCGGGCUCAUGCAGUCCCUGCCCACCUUCAUCCAGGGGCCCAAGGGGGAGGCCGGCCGGCCGGGCAAAGCGGGGCCGCGGGGCCCGCCGGGGGAGCCGGGGCCGCCCGGCCCGGUGGGGCCGCCGGGUGAGAAGGGUGAGAAGGGCGAGCCGGGGCGGCAGGGCCUGCCGGGCCCCCCCGGGGCGCCGGGGCUGAACGCCGCGGGGGCCAUCAGCGCCGCCACCUACAGCACCGUCCCCAAAAUCGCCUUCUACGCCGGCCUCAAGCGACAGCACGAGGGCUACGAGGUGCUCAAGUUCGACGACGUGGUCACCAACCUCGGCAACCACUACGACCCCACCACCGGCAAGUUCACCUGCUCCAUCCCCGGCAUCUACUUCUUCACCUACCAUGUGCUCAUGCGGGGCGGCGACGGCACCAGCAUGUGGGCCGACCUCUGCAAGAACAACCAGGUUCGAGCUAGUGCGAUUGCCCAGGAUGCUGAUCAGAACUACGACUAUGCCAGUAACAGCGUGGUUCUUCACUUGGAGCCAGGAGAUGAAGUUUACAUUAAAUUAGAUGGAGGAAAAGCACAUGGAGGAAACAACAACAAAUACAGCACAUUUUCUGGAUUUAUUAUUUAUGCUGACUGAUAAUGAGUAAAAAGACCCACCAAACCAGUCGAGAAAUGAAGCCUGCUCUUCUAAGCGAUGGAUUUGCGUGGCAAAAGUCAAUGAAACAAGCACCCCAGCAGAGAGUGACACCGCACACCUCAGCAGCGGGGGAAAAGUCGAAUGCUACCUGAUUCACAUCUGUACAACACAGAGAAACCUUAUGUUAAAAAAACCACAAAGCAAGUUAAACAGAUGUGCGAUCCACUUCCGCCAAAGCAAAUACUUCCUCAUUGUUAGUGUCCAUGUGAAUGAAGUUCUACAUAGAGCAAAUUUUUAUAGGGAAGAAAAGCCCACCCAAGGAUGCUGAGUUAUUUCUUCAGUGUAUAUGAUACUUUGAUGUGUUAUGAUCUUGCUGCUUUAUCCAUACUUCAGCUUUGGUUCUUGUGACUUACCUGCUAACAAUGAUGCUUGGAGUCCACUCAUAGUGUGGUGAGGAAUGAUUUUACAAUAAAAGGAAGAGGUAAUCAAAAUAUACUUUUUCUCUGCAAAGAAAUUGUUUGCCUUGUACUUUUCUUACCCUUCCACUUAAAAUUAGAAACUAAUCAGCUUCAAGCCUUAACUCAAUGUUCCUGCUUUGUAGGUUUACAUUCGACUUUUAACAUAAAAUCAAUCCAGGGGAGUUAUUUAAAUUUUGUCCUUC